CGUGGAUCCCUCUCACAGAAAGAAUGUUAAUAAUGUAAAUGCCAUCUUGAGGAUUUAUUGUCAUAUUAAACAAAUACAGUACUUAUGUACUGUAUGUUGAAUGUAUAUAUUCGUCCGAGUUUUAUUCAUUUUUUUUCUUAACGCAUUGCCAAAAUGUAUAUGAUCGGGAAAAAUUAUCGGGAAUGAUUGGAAUUGAAUCGGGAGCAAAAAAAAAAGCAAUCGGAUCGGGAAAUAUCGGGAUCGGCAGAUACUCAAACUAAAACGAUCGGGAUCGGAUCGGGAGCAAAAAAAAACAUGAUCGGAACAACCCUAUUCUUAAUAAAUGGUUUAGACAUAUUCCGACAAAAAAGGGCUAAAUAUACCGAUAAACUAAAUUACUAAGGCAUUAAAAAACAUUAGUUUAAACAAAAACUUAGUUUACGUUGGUCUUAACAGGGAGCAGUUGAAUUCAGCCAUGUGAAAUGAGGCAGACCAGAGGGCAGUGUAUCCACCCUAAUCAAUAAAACUAAAUGCAAACACUUUCAAAAUAAACCAUUACAAUGCCGCUUUAAUUAAACGAAUACUCGAAGCAACAAAAUUUAAUUCAAAUAUUUUUUUCUAAUCGAAUACUCGAGUUAAUCGAUUAAUCGUUGCAGCACUAAUAUAUUUAGAAUAAAAAUUGUUAAUACAUGCAGUAUGGAUCCAAUCAGUUUGUUGAACAUGUCAUUAAAUCACACUGUUGAUUUUUUUUUUUAAACAGAAGUGCAAGUGUGAGCUAGCUGCGCAAUUAGUACGAUUAUGACUGGUCCCUUCCGAACGCGACUGACACAUCCAAAUCAAUAGGAGAUGCAGUCACACGUCAGCGAGGCUGAGAGAUGGAGGAAUAAAGUAAAAGGGGAAGUUAGGUAAUGCUCUUCCACAGGAAAUGAAGUUUGUUGGGGCGGAUUGACUCUGCUUUGAAAUACGGUAAACAGAUAAAAGUUGCCACAGAAGAGGAGGAAGGAGAGAGACCGAGGGCGGGUAGAGGGUUUUCAAGACAGCGUGAAAGGGAGGGUUUGAGUAUGCAAGCGAAGAAGGAAUUCCCCCGCCCCUACUUCCCCGGAUAAAAUGCAGUGUGUGUGAAAGAGAGAGAGAGAGAAAGAAGUAGGAGGACUUGUCCGGGCAAACUGCAAAGUGCUCGUCCAUGUUUCGCUUCAGCUACUGCUGCUACUUCAAUGUGUUUAGCCUGCUAGCUGCCUUGUAUGGAUGCACUGUCAUCAUUUAUAGAAGACAACGGUGGCAAGUGAAUAAGUCACCCGGUCGAGACGAGAUGACAGUAAAGGGCCCAAGAAGACACAACUAGAGAGAAAAGAAGAACGGAGGGGGGGACAGAGGAGAAGCAAGUGGAAAAGAGAAAACAAGGAGACGUGUCUUUCCCGGAGAAAAGCCUGGCUUCAUGAUAAGAUGAAGCCAAUCAAAAAGCAGGGCCGGCGUUCCCCCCCCUCCACCCGGGCCAAAGGGGGAAAGCGGCGGGGUGCCGGCGAGGCCCCCGAAGGAGGAGAGAAAAGAGACUCUGAUGAAAAUCGAGACAGAAACGCUCAAAGCCAAUAUAACUUCCCUUUCUCAUCUCAGUCAGAGCGCUCUGACCCAGUCAGAACCCGGGACUCGUCCGAUGGAGAGUCGUUUGUCAUUGACUCUGGGAAAUUGCUAGCAUCGUCAGAUGAUCGAUCUGGACAUUCGGCAUUGAGUGCCGGGAGCCAUAGUGACAGUAAUGCCAGCAGCUGCAGCAACAGCAGCACACCAAGCGCUAACAGCAGCCCCAACCCCUCAUCCAGUCGCAAAACCGCCACGUUUAAGGCGCGCGUUCCCAAAAAGAAGUACACAUCUGAGCACUGCUCCAUUCUUAGUGGUGGUAACCAUAGCAAAAUGUCAUCCAGUACUCCACCUCCUCUUCUUCUGAGUGGUGGGGCCCUGAAUCAGGGGUCUUCUUGUUCAGGUAGUCCCUUAAAUGUUUCACACCCUGAUAGCAAUGGUCAAAGUCGAAACAAAGAACAACCUCAGGACAGUUCCCCCGGACCGCCAAUCCUGUCAUUACGUGCAGAAAGGGAAAGGCUGGGGGGGACGGAGGUGGUCAGGGACGCAGAACGAGUGUCACCCAGCCCUGUUCCCCGCUGUUCCUCCACAGACACGGCCAGCGAGCACUCAGCAGACUUGGAAGUAGUCACAGAUGUUUCCUCUCGCCAGCUAUCUAGUCUCCCUGACGCGCUGUCUGAUGCCCUGGCCAAAGGACUUAAAAAUCAGCGAGUCCUGGCCCGUCAGCUGCUGAGAAGAAGGGAUGAAAAUGGAAGACAUGAAAGGGGGGAUGAUGCAAAGAGUCCACAGUUGGUGUUCUGUGCCGGAGUGGUUCGUAGAGUCGACGGCGAAUAUGGAAGCCUGGAGGUACAACUGAAUGGGGACAAGACGCUCUGCCGUUAUCCUUAUCGACACAACAGCCCCCCAGGGGUUGUAGACAUUAUCCUGGAUGCCCCCCCGCCUGGUGUCCACCCCAUUCCGCUUGGCACACGCGUCUGUGUGCCGUUCAGCAGCGAGCAAAGUGACAUGGGCCAGUGGUACAGGGAAGGAGUUGUAACCCAGGUGGAUACUCAUCCAGCGGUGGUUAAUUGCUACCGUGUUCUGUUGUCUGAUGAGAAAGCGUCAACUCUGAUUGAAGAUGAGGAUGAUAGAGUUGCAGCCAAUGCCACCCAGGCCGUGUGGGUGUCCAGACAAACACUCCGCCUCCUGGUGCCGCCAUGGGACCUGGGUUUACCAUCAAGAGAGGUAGAAGAAAGUGCUCAAGAUAACGAAAUAGAGCAGGAGGACAGGGAUGAAAUAGAUGUAGAGCAAGAGGUCUGUCGUCUCAGCCGGGGGAUGACACCUGGUGUUGGGUCAAUGUUAGGGAGGGUGUAUCCUUGCAUGGUUCCGGUCUCCUCCACAGGACACAGCAUUACCACCCCAGUCACUUCAGCAUCAGUCCUUAGCCUGGCUCCUGAUCGGGAGUGGGACAUUGAAAAAGACCUUGGAAGAGAGCGCGAUCUGCAGAGAAAGCAGGAAAGAGAAAGGGAGAAUAUUGCAAAGCAACAGCAGCAACAUCAUUCGUACAUGCCACUCACCCCUGAGGAGGACAUGGAGGUGUCCCACUUUAACAUGGUCCCAAUGGGAGCACUUAUAUCGGGUCCCAAACCCGUGGCAGUUCCUCAACACCGCCACAUUGUCUCCAAGCCCCCACCUGGCUACCUCAAUCCUCAUCCCUCUGUGGUGCAGGGCAUUGGAAUUCCCUCUGGCCACCUUGCACUAAAUCCCCACCCGCCUCCCCCCUCAGUCCUGCUUGGUUUGGACCCAAGCGUUGCAGCUGUGGCAGCCAAUACUGCUGUCAUUUCAACUGCCCAGCUCCCGCCCUUGCCUCCUAUCUCCUCCAGCAUGUCCUCCUCCAGAGUGGAGAAGGUGUCUGGUAGUACCUCUUCUGGUGGUGGUGGUUCUGGAUCAGGUUCCACUUCCUCUUCAUCUUCACGUUCGCGCACACCUCUGACUGCUGCCCAACAGAGGUACAAGAAGGGAGACGUGGUUUGCACGCCAACCGGCAUCCGCAAGAAAUUCAAUGGGAAGCAGUGGAGGAGGCUGUGCUCCCGUGAGGGCUGUUCCAAAGAGUCUCAGCGCCGCGGAUACUGCUCCAGGCACCUCUCAAUGAGAACCAAGGAGAUGGAAGCCAGCGGUGGCAUCAGGGAGCGAGGAGGGGCCAGCAGCACAGGGACCUUGACACCCUCUGACCUGCGACUAAGUGGAGGCCGAGCCAGCUCAGAGUUUGACUGGGAUGAGACUUCCCGGGAAAGCAGCGAGGCUAGCAGCCGCGGAGGAGACUCUCGGCCCCGUCUGGUCCUGCCGUCCUUGCUUCCACAAGACCUUUCUCGCUUUGACUUUGACGAGUGUGAAGCAGCAACCAUGCUGGUCUCCUUAGGGGGUUCUCGUUCUGGCACACCUUCGUUCUCGCCUAUUUCCAACCAGUCGCCAUUUUCCCCUACCCCAUCGCCGUCGCCCUCGCCGCUCUUCGGCUUCCGCCCAGCAAACUUCAGCCCUAUCACUGCCCCAUCUUCACGGCGUCAUCGCCAACUGAGUGGCACAAAAUUAGGCACACUGGGAGCAGAACGCGACCGCCAUCUCUCGGGCAUCGUGCCUACUUUUCAGACCAACCUCACUUUUACGGUGCCCAUGAGUCCUAACAAGAGGAAAAUGGACAGCCAUCCGCCUCCUCCACUGCCAACAGUCCAUGACUACCAGACCAAAACAGAGCAACAGCAAAUGGUGGCGGUGGGCGGAGGUGUUGUGGGCGAUCUGAACCUUGGCCCUGCUGCUUUCAGAGUCCUUUCACCACAGAGUCAACCAACAACACCUUUCCAGCGACCACGUAGCGCCACCAGCCGACCCCCAUCCUCAGCCGCCUCCACACCCCCGCCCAUGCUGGUCUCUCCCACACCCCCCUCACCAUUGCCCCAGGAACCUUCUCCGCGGCGCAUCAUGCCCUUGCGAGAUUCUCCGGUUAUCGUCCGCAACCCCGACGUCCCGCUGGCAAAGUUCUCUGACGGCCCCCUAGCAAGGCGGGACCGGAGCCGAUCCAGAGAGCUCGCCCAGGCCCAACACACGGUCCCUCCAGGUCUGCAAGCACCUGUCCCAAUUAAUGGCGCAACGACCAAUGGCGCCGUUCUCCUCCGCAAUCCUGCAUCAGCCCUGGUCCUAGUCACGUCCAGCUCGUCCCUCACCCCAGCAUCAGCAGGACCCGCUGCUCUGUCCAGUUCCUCCUCCGCCGGUUCAACAUCAACCACAGCAGGCCCCAUUCUCUCUUCGUCAGGAUCCGGGGGCAGGGAAAGAAAGCCCGAGGGGCACCAGGAGGCCACCGGUGGGGCCCUGCCACAACCAGUAGCUUGCCACCCAACACCCACAGCUCUCCUGCCACUCAUUUUACCUGCUGAGUCUUCGCACCCUGCUCCUCGUAAGCAAAUCAUCAUGGGGCGUCCUGGCACAGUGUGGACCAACGUGGAGCCUCGCUCUGUGCCCGUGUUUCCUUGGCACUCACUCGUCCCUUUCCUGGAGCCCAGCCAAUCGGAUACGGCCGCCCAGCCCGCCGUGGAUAGUGUCAAUCAAAGCCAAGAGCCACGUUGUGGAGUGGCCCUGGUUGGGGACGGGCGUCCGCCUGACUUGGACAGAGUGUCACCUUCGCGUCCGCCCCCGAACAAUAACAACAACGCCGCCGCCGCCGAAAGGGGCAGGACUGAUAGCGAAACGGAGAGUGAUAUUGACGACCCUUUCUCCCCCGGCGUGGCCACCAACGACGCGUCGCCCUCGCGCGGCCCUGCCAAGAGACGCACGCAGUCCCUCAGCGCCCUCCCCAAGGACGCAGACAGAAAGAGAGAGAAAGACCACAUCCGCCGGCCCAUGAACGCCUUCAUGAUCUUUAGCAAGCGCCACCGGGCUCUGGUCCAUCAGCGACACCCCAAUCAAGACAACCGAACAGUCAGCAAGAUUCUGGGAGAGUGGUGGUAUGCUCUGGGCCCCAACGAGAAGCAGCAGUACCACGACUUAGCCUUCCAGGUGAAGGAGGCCCACUUCCGAGCCCAUCCUGACUGGAAGUGGUGCAACAAGGACCGCAGGAAGUCAUUGUCAGACGGGCGUGGGGGCAUCAAGGACGUGCGGGAGAGGAGCAUGUCAGAAACUAUUGACCCACAUUUGGAGUCUCAAGCGCUGGAGGGCAAGCUGCUAAAUUCGCCUUGGACCGGCGGAGGCGAGCGCCAACCGGGGGGGCCGCACGGCGGACAGCUCCCCCGUCCCAGAGCUUUUUCCCACAGCGCCGUGCACAGCCUGGAGCGGCACGGAGACGGCGAGAAGGAGGAUGGGCCCAGUUUUUUCCGCAACCGAACACUGCCUCAGUCCUCCCUCCAUCAGGGUGGCGCUAGUGAGGAUGUCACCAGCGACGAGGAGCGUAUGGUCAUCUGUGAAGAAGAGGGAGAUGAUGAUGUCAUGGAGGAUUCAUGUCCCGAAGGCUCCAUUGACCUCAAGUGUAAGGAGAGAGUAACGGACAGUGAAGAAGAUGAACACGACGGCCAGCAUGGCGUACAGCCCCUGGCUCGCUCCUCCCACCCCUCCCCCUCGCUUCCUACCCCUCACGACGAGUGUGAGAGGACGAGGAAGACGCCCGAAAAUGCAGCAGAAGAGGACAUCAAAGGAGGCUCCGUUCGAGUAGAAGGUGGUGGGAUGGCAUGCCUGCCCACGGGGGGCUCUGCACCUGCCAGCCAGGCUGUAGUGCACCCAAUCCAAAGUGCCGUCACCCUCAGCUCCCCGACCCCAGAUACGAAAGCUACCAUUCUGAUCGGAGGCCAGCAGCUGCCUAUCACCGCAGGGGGUGGGUAUCUGUCAUCCGCCUCCACAGGUGCUGGCUUAGUUUUUGGGGGCUCCUUGCUGUCCACCCAGCCCGUCAAGCUCCUGCCCCACGCCCAGCCGCCCCCACUCGCUGUCAUCAGACCCAACACCACCACUUCCCCUGUGUCAAUGCCCCCCACUGGUCCCAAGUACAUCCUGCCGGCCCCCCAUAGCCCCUCCCCUCCUCAGCUCACUUGCCAGCAAGGGGGCUCGAUGCCCACCGAUGCCCCACCGUCGGCCAAUGGCACCCCAAAUUCUGGUGUGGGAGUAACAGCUGCAACGGGAUGCAGAGUUCAAGCCCAGCUGCAGAGUAAGAUGCUGGUUCCCAUGGCGACUGUCCGAGCCGGGACCACGUCCCCACAUGCACCCGUCUCCUUGGUGGCGCCACCUCUUCCUGUGCAAAAUGGACCCGCCACUGGAAACAAGAUCAUCCAGAUUGCACCCAUGCCAAUGGUCCAGAGCAACGUUCACGGAGCAGUAGUGCACCAUAGGAGUCCCUUUCCUGUUUCCAUGGCGACUGUGAUGACUCCUGGCGCCUCGCCCCCGCAGACCCUUCUCCUGACCUCGCCGCCCACCAGGAUCACCUACGUCCAGUCCGUUCCUGGAGUUACCACGGCGAUACCCCAACAAGCUCCAAUGCCACCGCCACCACCUAGCACUGCCUAUCUCUCGUCUCCUCUGACAACAUUGGGCUUCACUGCCAUCGCACCUGCCGGGCACACUCUGCUGACUCCGGCGGUCCCCACGACCGGCCAGAACAACAACGUCAAGACCACCACAGCCAACUCCGAUAAUAACCAGGAUCUUACCACCAUUCACCCCACUGGACCCACUGCCCCGUUGGCGACCGGCACAGUUUCCGUGACAACCACAUCACCCGCUACGGAUCUGGCGAAGCCCUCCGCCGCCAUAGAGGUUGAAAUGAAGAAAGAGUUUAGCGAUACGGGCGUCAAGAAGGAAGGAGAUCAAGAUGUCAUGGAGAUUAGAGAAAAAGUAGAUGACAACAUUGGUCAAUUCAAGGAGGAAAGUGUCAAACUUGAGGAAGAAAUGGUGGGAGAGGAGGAGGAAAAUGAAAGUGAGCAGAAGAUGAAUGAAAGCAAGGAUGAGAAACGAGGAGAGAUGGAGAAAGAUGAAGAGGUUCCUCCUCUGCUGCCAUCUUUGGGUUUGGACCCGCCUCCUCCUCCACCCGCUGAAAGAGAGCCAGCAUCAUCCUCUAAGAGGAUAAAGUUCCGACCCCCGCCGCUCAAAAAGACGCCCGAUUCUCACGACAAGCUUUUGUCGGAAACUUACUUCGAGGAGCGUUUUGCCGAGCUUCCCGAGUUCAACCCGGCAGAGGUGCUCCCCUCGCCUACCCUGCAGAGCCUGGCCACGUCCCCUCGAGCCAUCCUGGGCAGCUACCGAAAGAAGAGGCGCAACUCCACAGAGCUGGAGCCGGCAACGGAAGACCCCAGCUCACCGAGGAGGAAGACCCGCCGCCUCUCCAGCUGCAGCUCGGAGCCCAAUACGCCGAAAAGCGCCGCCAAGUGCGAGGGUGACAUCUUUACAUUCGACAGAGCAGGUACAGAGGGAGAGGAUCUCCUCGGAGACCUGGACCGGGUGCCCUUCUCGUCGCUGCGUAGAACUCUGGACCAGCGGCGUGCGCUCGUCAUGCAGCUCUUUCAGGAACAUGGCUUCUUCCCUUCAGCUCAGGCCACGGCGGCCUUCCAAACCCGCUACUCCGACACCUUCCCCACCAAGGUGUGCUUGCAGCUGAAGAUCCGCGAAGUUCGGCAGAAAAUCAUGCAGGCCGCCACUCCGGGAACCCUGGAGGGCGGCGGCUUCCCGGGCGAGGCCGGCAGUCCCGCCCCCGCUCAAAACUCCGCCUUCAACCACUCGCUGCGAGAGGACGGCGGAGGCGGAUCGGAACAGCCCGAUGAAAAAAAACGCAACCCCGAGGAGCCCAAAAACGAAGGUUUCUAAGAAGUGAAGAAGUUCCGAAGCAGGCGCUUACUCUUAAUCUGACCUGGGUGGGAAAAUAGUGGAAUGUGUAGUCUCUUAAUACUGACUGGAGGAAAGAGAAUGUCUUUUUUUUCUGCCCAGGUCCACCCUCAGCACAUUUGUACAGUAGUUUGUAGUUGGGACACAAACUCUGUGGUACACACGCAAAUUCCCAUAUAUGCAUACAUAUACAGUUGACACAUACGCGUGCCAUGGUGCAGAUGUAAUCUCCAGCGUAAUGCUGACACACACUUAGCAAAUCAGACUGUUACUCACACACAUAUUUAAACAAAAAAAAAAAGAAGCACUUUGUCACUUGUCAUUGUGCAGAUGCAGUUCAGCUGUUGCCAGCCAGCCCUCAGUUGCCAUUGACUUGACCUCGCCGUCCGUCCACUCCUCAGCACGGUGGCUUUCGGACGUAAAAACCACAACCCCGACGACCUCCACUGAUAUUCCACAGCCCCUCAAUGCUGCACACACACACGCAUAUACAAACCCACACUCAGUCAGCACGACGUAAUCCACCCCCGAUGACCAAGCCAUGGGCCCCUCCUGCACAGUUCAGUUGGCGAUUGUAAGGAAAAAGUGAGAGAUCUCUCCGCGAUUCCGUUGUGACCAAUCUUUGCACCUUCUGCCGUUGAACCCCCCCCAAACCGAGAACUCCGUCUGCGUCUGUCCGGAGCAGGCGAUUUGACACAAACCGAGCUGGAUCGAAACGCCCAAAAAGUUCAUAUGCAAAGCAGCAAGAUGUCAGGCUCAAGGAAAAAAAAAAAGAACCACGCUUCUUGUCGGAAUCUCCCCCGUCGCUUUCGUUUAUCGUGGAAAUGAGCAGUUUUUCAGUGGCCUGUUUUUUCUCUCGUGGCUUGUGUUUCUUCUCCGGCAUCAAGUCAAGAAAAUCACAAAAGACUUUGGACUUAGGGGAGGGGGAUCUUAUCGAUUCCCGGAGCCCGAUCUUGAUUUUAAUUGUACUAACGGGGGAGGGGAGGCGCGUUCAGCCCCUUCCCUCGUCUCGUCUCUUUGUAAAAAUGUCGAAAUCAGGUGUUUGCACAAUCCGUGCGGCCCGUCUCGCGGGAGAGCGUCGCAAGUUAAAUCAGGAAAGUAUUGUUUUUAGAGAUUGUUUUAGUAGAGCAGACAAUAACCUUGUUCCACGUGUUAUCAAUCACUUUUGACCCCGCCUCCUUCCCUCGCUGUACCUCUCUUAAGCGUUGGUAGAAAGUGCCCUUAAGCACUGGUCCCGGGUCAAGCGCUAUGUAGCUCAGGAUGGUUCUGGUUAGGGUUUAGUUCAGGGAAAGCAGAUCCUAGACCAGCCCUGGAGGGCAGUCUCUGAAGCCCUCCCCUCUUCCCUCUCUUCUUGACACUUUAUCCUUUCCCAUCAAAUGGUGCAAUAGGACAUUUCAUUUUAUUUUAUUUUUUCGGGGAAUUCGGGGAGGGUUUUUUUUUUUUCGAUGUGGGGUGGGGGGGAAGGCUCGGUGCCAUAGAGAAUGAAAAGCAGUGCAGGCAAGUGAGUGAGCGGAAUGUGAUGCCGUAGCUGACAGAGCAGUAUUAGGGCCAAGCGGAGAAAAAAUGAGAUGACGAGCGUAAAGAUGUGUUUUUAAAGUGCACAAAAAAAUUAAUAAAUAAAUUAGAUGACAAGGGUAAAAAUGUAUUUUUAAGAGAAAUAUAGUAAUCUUAUGAGAGUCAAGUUUAGUACUGCAGCUAUCGAUUAAUUUAGUAGUCGAUUAAACUAGUUAGUUUGAAUAAUCAAGUAAUCGGGUUAGGAACAUUUAAUGCUUUGUAGAAUAAAUUUUUGGGGUUGUAAAACAAAGGCUUGCUAAGAUUGCACUUUCAAAAGAGCAUUAAAUGCGAAUACAAAAUUAAAAUUCCCGAGUGUUUCUUCGAACUAUGCAGUGAUGCACUUUAAUUUAAAAGUCAAUUAAAACUGUAAAACUUUAGUAAAAAAGGACAAUAAACAGAUGAGGAUUUAAGUACAACUAAAUAACAAUUGGCUAACUUGCAGAGCAAAAGUCCGCUAGCUUAAAUGCUAACUUUUUUUCCCGCAAAUACUCUUAACAAAUCGUUCAAACACGUCUCCCCAUAAAAUAAAAAAAAAACGGCUAAAUAUACCGAUAAACUAAAUUACAAAUGCAUAAAAAACAUUGCAUAUGUUGGUCUUAACAGGGAGCUUGUGUCAUAAUCACUGUUGCCACUAGAGGGCAGUGUAUCCAACCAAAUCAUUAAAACUAAAUUUGCGCACCAGAUAGUUUCUAGUGUCCACCACAUAUCUGGUGCGCGCCAGAUUGUCUCUCAUGCGCACCAGAUAGUUUCCAGUGUGCGCCAUAUAUUUUCUAGUUGUCUCUCGUGUGCACCAGAUAGUUUCUAGUACGCACCACAUACUAUCCAGUGCGCACCAGAUGGUUUCUAGUAUGCACUACAUACCAUGUAGUGCAUGCGUACUUUUGCACACUAGAUGGUUUCUAGUACACACCACAUACUGUCUGGAGCGCACCAGAUUGUUUCGCGUGCACACCAGAUUGUUUCGCGUGCACACCAGAUUGUUUCUAGUUGUUUCCCGUGCGCACCAGAUAGUUUGUAGUGCGCACCACAUACUAUCUCGUGCGCACUAGAUGGUUUCUAGUACGAACCACAUACUAUCUGGAGCACGCCAGUUUGUCUCAUGCGCACCAGAUUGUUUCUCGUACGCACCAGAUUGUUUCUAGUUGUUUCUCGUGUGCACUAGAUAGUUUUUAGUGUGCACCACAUACUAUCUGGUGCGCACCAGGUGGUUACUAGUACGCACUACGUACUAUCUUGUGCGCACUAGAUGGUUCCUAGUACGCACCACAUACAGUCUGGAGCGUGCCAGAUUGUUUCUUAUGCUCACCAGAUACUUUCUAUUUUUUCUCAUGCACACCAGAUAGUUUCUAGUGCGCACCACAUACUAUCUUGUGCGCACUAAAUGGUUUCUAAUACGCACCACAUACUGUCUGGAGCGCGCCAGAUUGUUUCUUGUGCACACCAAAUACUAUCUGGUGCGCAAUAGAUGGUUUCUAGUACGCACUACGUACUAUCUUGUGCGCACUAGAUUGUUUCUAGUACGCACCACAUACAGUCUGGAGCGUACCAGAUUGUUUCUUAUGCUCACCAGAUACUUUCUAUUUUUUCUCGUGCACACCAGAUAGUUUCUAGUGCGCACCACGUACUAUCUUGUGCACACUAAAUGGUUUCUUAUACGCACCACAUACUGUCUGGAGCGCGCCAGAUUGUUUCUUGUGCACACCAAAUACUAUCUGGUGCGCACUAGAUGGUUUCUAGUACGCACUACGUACUAUCUUGUGCGCACUAGAUUGUUUCUAGUACGCACCACAUACAGUCUGAAGCGUGCCAGAUUGUUUCUUAUGCUCACCAGAUACUUUCUAUUUUUUCUCGUGCACACCAGAUAGUUUCUAGUGCGCACCACGUACUAUCUUGUACGCACUAAAUGGUUUCUAAUACGCACCACAUACUGUCUGGAGCGCGCCAGAUUGUUUCUUGUGCACACCAAAUACUAUCUGGUGCGCACUAGAUGGUUUCUAGUACGCACUACGUACUAUCUUGUGCGCACUAGAUUGUUUCUAGUACGCACCACAUACAGUCUGGAGCGUGCCAGAUUGUUUCUUAUGCUCACCAGAUACUUUCUAUUUUUUCUCGUGCACACCAGAUAGUUUCUAGUGCGCACCACGUACUAUCUUGUGCGCACUAAAUGGUUUCUAAUACGCACCACAUACUGUCUGGAGCGCGCCAGAUUGUUUCUUGUGCACACCAAAUACUAUCUGGUGCGCACUAGAUGGUUUCUAGUACGCACUACGUACUAUCUUGUGCGCACUAGAUUGUUUCUAGUAUGCACCACAUACAGUCUGGAGCGUGCCAGAUUGUUUCUUAUGCUCACCAGAUACUUUCUAUUUCUUCUCGUGCACACCAGAUAAUUUCUAGUGCGCACCACGUACUUUCUUGUGCGCACUAAAUGGUUUCUAAUACGCACCACAUACUGUCUGGAGCGCGCCAGAUUGUUUCUUGUGCACACCAAAUACUAUCUGGUGCGCACUAGAUGGUUUCUAGUACGCACUACGUACUAUCUUGUGCGCACUAGAUUGUUUCUAGUAUGCACCACAUACAGUCUGGAGCGUGCCAGAUUGUUUCUUAUGCUCACCAGAUACUUUCUAUUUCUUCUCGUGCACACCAGAUAAUUUCUAGUGCGCACCACGUACUUUCUUGUGCGCACUAAAUGGUUUCUAAUACGCACCACAUACUGUCUGGAGCGCGCUAGAUUGUUUCUUGUGCACACCAAAUACUAUCUGGUGCGCACUAGAUGGUUUCUAGUAUGCACCACAUACUGUCUGGAGCGCGCCAGAUUGUUCCUGGUGCACACCAGAUAGUUUCUAGCUGUUUCCCGUGCGCACCAGAUAGUAUACGGUGCGCACAACAUACUAUCUAGUGCGCACGAGAUGGCAUGAACCACAUACUGUCUGGAGCGCGCCAGAUUGUUUCUCCUGCGCACCAGAUAGUUUCGAGUGCGCACCAGAUAGUUUCUCGUUGUUUCUCGUGUGCACCAGAUAGUUUCCAGUACGCACCACAUACUAUCUGGUGCGCACCAGAUGGUUUCUAGUAUGCACUACAUACUAUCUGGUGUUCCCCAGAUUGUUUCUUGUGUGCACCAGAUAGUUCUAGUGCACACCACAUACUAUCGGGUGUGCAACAGAUGGUUUCUAGUACGCACUAGAUGGUUUCUAGAACGCAACACAUACUGCCUGGAGCGUGCCAGAUUGUUUCUCGUGCGCACCAAAUACUAUCUGGUGCACACGAGAUGGUUUCCAGUACGCACCACAUACUGUCUGGAGCGCGCCAGAUUGUUUCUGGUGCGCACCAGAUAGUUUCUAGUUGUUUCCCAUGCUCACCAGAUACUAUGUGGUGCGCACAACAUACUAUCUAUCUAGUGCACACUAGAUGGUUUUUAGUACGAACCACAUACUGUCUGGAGCACACCAGAUUGUUUCUCGUACGCACCAGAUAGUUUCUAGUGCACACCAGAUAGUUUCUAGUUGUUUCUCGUGUGCAACAGAUAACCUCUAGUGCGCACUACAUACUAUCUGGUGUGCCCCAGAUUGUUUCUCGUGUGCACCAGAUAGUUUCUAGUGCACACCACAUACUAUCUGGUGCGCACCAGUUCUGUUGAUGUCCCUUAGGGUCCCCGGACUAUGUUCAUUUUUAAUCCUCAAAAAUGACUUUUUUUCAUUACAAAAAAAAAUUAUUUUCAUACUACAUCGUCUUUCCUUCAACAAUGUGAUCUUUGAAAAAGUACUACUUCAUUUCAGUGACAUUACAGCACUUUUAAUCUGGUAAAAGUCCAACUUUACUCUCAUAAGAUAAUUUUUUUUUUCUUGGAAAGGUAUUUAUCCAGCAGUAGUCGAAUAUACUUACUUUUGAGUGUGGCCCUAAUACUUCUUUGUAUUUGUUUUAGCUAGGGUUUAAAAAAAAAAAAAAAAAAAAAUGGCGCGAUUGUUGUUGUUGUCGAAGAGAUUAGCGUGUACUAAAAGUAAAAAAAAAAAAAUUUGAAUAGCACUUUGUGGCUCUUGGCUUCCUUUGCUGAAGAGUUUGGAGGGGUAGUGAUUGUUAUUAUGGGUAUUGCUUUUAUUUCUCUGUAAACUGUUGGAUGUGUGAAAAAAACAA